CGCUCGUCCUGGAGCUAGACGAGGACCUUGAAUUUUUUUAGGAUAGGCGCCGCUUUUUUGUGCUAUUGUUAUUUUGGAUAAACAUACUGCCAUGCCAACAACGUUGGAAGUCCCCGCAUUGCAUGAGCUGAAUGUAGAUGAGAUCAAGGUUUCCUCUGCUGUGCUGAAGGCUGCUGCCCACCACUAUGGCUCCCAGUGUGACAAACCCAACAAGGAGUUUAUGCUCUGUCGCUGGGAGGAAAAGGAUCCCAGGAAGUGUCUAGAAGAAGGAAGGAAAGUGAACGAAUGUGCACUCAAUUUCUUCAGGCAAAUCAAGGGAAACUGUGCAGAGUCCUUCACAGAGUACUGGACCUGUCUGGAUUAUUCAGGCAUGACAGAACUGCGGCGUUGCCGUCAACAGCAACAAGUCUUUGACAGCUGCGUGCUUGAUAAGCUGGGCUGGGAGAGACCUGAUCUUGGAGAACUGUCCAAGGUGACCAAAGUGUCGACCCCACGGGCUCUCCCUGAGAACCCCUACCAUUCUAGAGCGCGUCCUGAGCCCAACCCAGUCAUCGAGGGUAAACUGGAGCCUUCAAAGUAUGGCAGCAGGUUAUUCUUCUGGAACUGGUGAGGCAGCUGGAGGAAGUCGCCUUCCACAGACAUGGGCUCUGUCCAACAGCAACUAGACAAAAGCUGACCAUUGACACUUGAAGUGUAAAUCUGUCAGGCACAUGAAGGAUGCUGGUUUUAGCACCUUUAUCUGUCUGAGCAUUUUGGCCAGAGCUCAUGUCCAGUACAGUGUGGAUUACUUCAAUCCACACUGUUUUCCUGACCAUUUCUGUAAAUGUAAAAAUACAACAUGCUGUUAUUGUUGUUGUCUGAUAAUAAAGAGAUAAAUUAUAA